ACCCUGCCUGAGCCUGGCGCCGAGAAGACAGCGCAUGCGUCCUGCUCAGCCGCCUGCCCCGCUCCGCCCCCGUCUCGCUCGGAGCCAAUCAGAGCGCCGAACGCUGUGUGGCGGAUGUGGGUUGUUGUCGGGAUCGCGGUGCUAUGGCUGCUGGCUCCGCAGUGCUGCUGACGCGGGCUCUGGAGGCGCUGGAUGUUGGUGGUGCAGCAGAUAAGAUUAGUUUGAUACCUCAAGACUUCUUUGCAGAACUAUGUGAGCAGAUAAUUCAACAUCUUAACCAUAAGAUCCCAGGUGUAAAUACAGUUGAACUGUGUCAGAGACUGCAGACAUCUGGGAUUGAGGUUAAUGUUGGUGACCUGGCAAAAAUAACUAAUACUGUGUCCUUUUUGUUUAGCACAGCAGCCAGGAACAAUCUCUCUACGGAGGAGCUCAUCGUUGCCUUGGGCAGCACAGUCAACACACUGCCUAAACAUGCGAUACAGGUUAUUCGUCAUGUAUGGAAUGAGCAGGGCAAAUCUGUUGAUGUGUCAGAAGAUAAAGGAAAUAUGACCACAGUGGGCCAGUUUGUAGAUAUUAAAUGGAAACUGGGAGUUGCAAUGAGCUCUGACACCUGCAGGUCUCUGAAGUAUCCGUAUGUUACAGUGACACUAAAAGUAGCAGACCCCUCAGGACAAAUAACCAACAAAUGUUUUGAAAUGACAGUCCCACAGUUCAAGAACUUCUUCAGGCAGUUCAAGGAAAUGGCAGCUGUUCUUGAAACAGUUUGAACAGAACUGUUCUUGAUACUGAAAUUUCUGAGAGAUUUGUAUCAGGUAAACUUUAUGUCCUGUGCAGAACAAAUACAUGCCUUGCUGAACAAUGACAGUAUCCUUAUCCUUUUGGUGGGUAUUUGUCACAGUCAUCCUUACAUUGCUGUGAAGUUUUCUUUGCUUCUGAAAACUCGGAGCCAAUUCUGUUUAUAAAAGUGGUCAGCUUUGUUUAUCCUGAUAAACAAAAGAUCAGGCUCUGUACAGAAAAAUGUCACAGUAGGCUUUUUGCUCUCUGAGAGUGAAAAACUACAUUUAAGAAACUACACAUUUAGCUCCAGAAUACAGAAAGAUGUGAAAAUGUUAAUUUGGCUGAGAAAAUACUAAGAGAAGUGUAAAUCCCACAUUAAAGUUUUGUCUGUAAAAUUGA